GGUCAAGGUGGGGGAGAGGAGAGGUGAACAAAAUAUAGUGGAUUUCAUGACUCUUGCGGCUGUCAGGCUCCUGUCUCCAAGCGGCGGUGUCUGAGCGGCGGCACUAGGCAUGGCGACACACGCCCAGCCCGCGUGCCUCAAGGUGCUUAUGAGAGAGCUGUACACGCUCGCCUACAUCUCCGGCACGCCCGGCAACUACCAGUUCAGCGGCCCCAUCGUGAUCAUCCUGGAGAUCCUCAGGGACCACUUCGGCGUCUGUUUAGACUUCGUCGUAACAGAAGAGCAAGUGUACGGCGUCUCCUUGCGCAACGGCUCCUGGACUGGAAUGAUGGGCAUGGUGCAGCGACACGAGGUGGAUUUCAGUGGCAUGUUGUUCACGAUGAAUUACGACUCGCUGAAGGCUGUGGAAUUCAGCGAGUCGAUCGACACAGACGAGAUGACGGCAAUGUACAUCCGACCCCGCGUGUCGCCCAACAUGAUGGGCUUCGUCACGCCCUACACCGCCUCGGUGUGGUUGUUCGUGGUGGCGGCGUGUGUGGUGCUGAUCGGAGUCAUCAUGGUCACUGUCAGGUUUCAAAGGAAGUUUAGCUCGACUCAUCUACCUCACCACUCAUCUGAGCCAACCACUCGGCGGAGCGUUGGCUCAUCUGACAUGAUCCCGGAGCAAAGCAAGACCAGACGACUGCCCUCAGGUGCCGCGGCGCCGGACGGUGAUGUCUCGAUCUCUUCAGGGGAAGAGGACAAAGCAGUGUUGACAGGAGCGGACAGAGACUGGCUUUGGAGUCUUGAAAAGUCUCUUCUGUGGACGUGGUCAACACUGGUAGCUCACAGCGUGCCGUGGCAGCCCGUGAGGGGCCUGGUGCGUUGCGUGACGGCCAUGUGGCUCCUGGCUGCCUUCAUCCUGGGUAACGUGUAUCGCUCCAACCUGAAGGCCAUGCUCACCAUCCCCAGGAUCAACAUUCCCUUCGACAGUGUGGACGAGCUGGCGGACUCCGACGUACCCACGGCCAUUCUCAGAGGUUCCAAGAUGCACCAGCAGAUAGUGGUGGCGGAGGACAACAGCACUCUCGGCCGGCUGAGGGACCAGACUGUUUACUUUAACUUCGAUCAGUUGUACUCGACGAUAGAUCAAGUAUUAGAGGGGGAAAUGGCAGGGAUGCACUAUCGGAAAGUAUUCCCAAGGAUAUUAAACGAUCAUUAUUCUCGGGUAAUGGCAUUCCUGUUAUUUGCAACUGGGGAGUGUGGUGCCUACGUGCUGUCUCGGGGCUUCCUGGGACCCUCCAGCCUCUGUAUUAUAUUCCCGAAAGGAUCGCUCCUUAAGAAAAAGUUCGAUCCAGUUAUCCUGAGGCUGAAGGAGUGCGGCCUGCUGGCGAAGAUAAUGACCAAGGGCUAUGUGAACGCCACGGAGUGCCUUAAGCCACUCACCUCGAUGGUCGCUCCCUCACACCGACCGUUGCAGUUUCUGGACUUCUACGGCAUCUUUGCUGUCUAUGUUGCUGGAGCGACUUUGGCUGCCAUGGCAUUCCUGUGGGAGAUGACCAGGGGCUGCGGCGGGACGAGGCGCGGCGCAGCGGAGCCCCUUUGGACGCCGAUGCUGCCAGCCAGCGGGAUCAUAUCGCUACUCCGACUUGCCUGAAACUUGUGAUUUUUUAAUUUUUUUAUUUGUGAGUAACGUGCAGGCUAUAAAUUCAUGUCUGUAUA